CCACUCCUUUACUUCAAAUCUAAAUCCCCACCCUCUAUGUACCUCCAUACUCUAAUUCCCUUCCUCUCGUUUUCAAUGCCAUACCCACUCUCUCCCUCUCACUCGUUCAGAUCUGAUCUGAGCCUCCAUUUUCUAUCUUUCUUUCUCUCUGCAUCUCAAAACCAGCAAAGAAACUACACAUUCAGCAGGAAGCAUUGCCUGCUAGCUCGCUCGCUUGCUUCUACAGGCUUGAAUUUUGUAUUCCCGUCUUUGUGCUUUGGCAAUGGUGGAGGCACAGACAUGGACGACGCGGCGGAUGAGCAACCCGAGGCUGGAGACCGGCGCAAACGACCAAGUGCUGGACAUUCCUGUGACCCCACCGGGGGAUGUUCGCAACAACAACAUGAGCUGGUCCUACUUUUCCUUCUCGCCUAACCUUAUGACGGCCAUGAUCAUCGCCUCCUGGUACUUCUCCAACAUCGUACUUCUUCUUAACAAGUACCUCCUCAGCUUCUACGGCUUUCGCUACCCCAUUUUCCUCACCAUGCUCCACAUGCUCUCCUGCGCCGCCUACAGCUACGCUGCCAUCAACUUCGUCGAUCUAGUCCCGCUCCAGCACAUCCACUCCAAGCGACAGUUCCUCAAGAUCCUCGCCCUCAGCGCUAUCUUCUGCUUCUCAGUCGUCUGCGGCAACACCUCCCUCCGCUACCUCCCCGUGUCGUUUAACCAGGCAAUCGGCGCCACGACGCCUUUCUUCACAGCCAUAUUCGCCUUUGUCAUCACGUGCAAGAAGGAGUCCGCCGAGGUCUACCUCGCCCUCCUUCCCGUCGUCUUCGGGAUCGUCGUGGCGAGCAACAGCGAGCCCUUGUUCCACUUGUUCGGAUUCCUCGUCUGCUUGGGGUCCACCGCCGGCCGCGCAUUGAAGUCCGUUGUACAAGGAAUUAUCUUAACCUCCGAGGCCGAGAAGCUCCAUUCCAUGAACCUGCUCUUGUACAUGGCUCCCAUGGCCGCGAUGAUUCUAUUACCGUUCACGCUUUACAUAGAGGGCAAUGUGGCCGCGGUCACGGCCGAGAAGGCCAAAGGAGACCCCUUUAUAGUCUUCUUGCUGAUUGGGAAUGCGACCGUGGCGUAUUUGGUAAACUUGACGAAUUUCUUGGUGACCAAACACACCAGCGCGCUGACUCUCCAAGUGUUAGGAAAUGCCAAGGCGGCGGUGGCGGCGGUGGUCUCCGUUCUGAUUUUCAGGAACCCCGUUACGGUCAUGGGGAUUACGGGUUUCGCCGUUACCCUAAUGGGCGUGGUGCUCUACAGCGAGGCCAAGAAACGUUCCAAGGUUACCACUCAUUAACAGAGAAAAAAAAUAAUAAAAGAAGAAAAGAACUGAAAAUCAAAAAAGAUUUUCACUUUUGAAAUUGAUUUGCCUUAUUUUGUUCUUCUUUAAAUGAUUAUCGGAUUUUUAUGUUUCAAUAUAUAUUUUUUAUUAAUGGAAGGAAAGGGGAAUUUGGAUCAAAGUGAGAUGUGGAAUUGGAUUGUAUAGGAAUAUGAUGGUGGAGAAAUGGAAAGGGGGCCCUUUCUUUUCUUUUCUUUUAAUUUUUGUCUCAAUUUUUGGGCUAUAAUUGGGGGAAUGGUUUAAGAGGAACAGGAAGAAGUUUCUCUUUGUAUACCUUUCCCCGUGUGUAACCUUACAUAAAUGUUUUGAUGCAUUUUGAACAUGUACCAUUAAAUCUUAGUGCAUUUUUGUGGGGAGGAAAAGUCUCCGCCACUUUAUUUGGUUAA